UUCCCGCGGGGACGGACCGAGUUUCUUCUUCGUGACCCACCGAGGACGUUUCUCUUCUCUUUGGGUUUUUUAUUCGUGCCGCCGCUGCGCUCGAAAGGUCAGCGGAGGAGUUGGCUUGAGAAAAUAUCUGUACAUGUGUUUUGGACAUGCGCAGACGGGAGAUGCCAUAUUGGAACGGGGGCAGCAGCAGCAGCUGAAAGACGUCGCUCGGCUCGAGCUCACGCGAACCAGAAGAGGAGAGGAAGGAGGGAGAGAAAACAGGCAGAGGAGGUCUGGAGACGAGGAGACGACGGGAGACGAGGACAGGGGCGUUCGAGAGGAGCGAGCGAUGCAGUGAGGAGGAGCUGAACCCCCCUCAGGCCGGAAGCUGACACUCACCAGGAGGAGGAGGAGGAUGCAGUCCGGUGCCCAGGAGCAGCCGCUGGCGCUCACCUCCAUCAGGCCGUACAACUCCACCAAUGGGAAGGAAGAGGAGGUGAAUACAGAUGCUGAGUCCGUGCAUGAGGAGGAGGAGGAGGCGGAGUUUAACUGGGAGGAGUUCAUGGAGGAGACGGGGAUGAACGCCGCCCCGCACACCACCUUCAAACAUGUGGAGAUCAGCCUCCAGAGCAGCUUCCAGCCCGGCAUGAAGCUGGAAGUGGCCAAUAAGAGCAGCCCGGACUCGUACUGGGUGGCCACCAUCAUCACCACGUGCGGCCAGUUGCUGCUGCUGCGCUUCAGCGGCUACGGAGACGACCGCAAGGCCGACUUCUGGUGCGACGUGAUGACGGCCGAGCUGCACCCGGUGGGCUGGUGCGCCCAGAACAACAAGACCCUCAUGCCCCCGGAAG